AUGUCACUCACACGUAGCACAAUAUAUCCAUACAUACUCUCUUCUCCUUUUAUACGUCUACUACAUCUCGAUUCUGGUCCAGGCGAACCAAUUCGCGUAACACUUCGAGAAGUAAAUCUCGAAACAGCACCCCCAUACGAUUGUCUCUCUUACACUUGGUCUGAUCCACUUUAUCAUGCUCUUAGCCCAGAAGAGGAGAUUCAUCGCAGCAAUGAUAAACGCGAACAUCCCAUUCUGUGUAAUGAUCAAAUUUUACUGAUAACAGAAAACUUAUUGUUUGCUUUGAUGGAAUUUAGCAAACGUAAUGGCGAGUAUGAAAAUGAAAAGGGCGGAAAGUUCAAUGCUGAAAAUCUCAUUUGGAUAGAUGGUAUUUGUGUCAAUCAAGACAGCAUUGAGGAGAGAAAUAUGCAGGUUGGUAUGAUGGGAGACAUAUAUUCGAAAUGCUCACAAGUGAUUAUCUGGCUCGGCGUCGCAGACUUUCAUUCUCCAUAUGCGAUUGAAAUUAUUAAUAUCCUCUCUGAAAUUCCCGAAGAAAGAUAUAACAAAUUGCAUAUCACUGAUCUUGAGGACUGGGAUAUAUAUCCAAAAAUGGGUAUUGAAGAGGUGGAAAGUUGGAAGUGGUUGGAAUAUGCAGCGUUUCUACAACGCACAUGGUUUAGUCGCAUAUGGGUUGUGCAGGAAGCAUUUCUGCCAGGAAAGAUCGUGGUAAUAUGUGGCAGUGAUGUUAUUCAAUGGGCAGAUAUAACAGCUUGUGCAAAAAUUCUCAGGGAAACUGGAUUGGGGACAUUACUGAUGGAGUUAUUGGUUGAGACUGUGGAUGAUGUUGAGGGAACCGUUUACGUCAACAACACUUUGAACAACCAAUCAAUUUUCCAAAGCAUGAGAGACAUGGCUACACUGCGAACAGGAGAUAUUGGAAGAGUGUUAGAUCUGGAAAAAUUGUUGUAUUAUUCCAGGUUCUUCGACGCCACUAAUCCAAAAGAUAAAAUUUAUGCAGUCCAAGGUAUUUGGGGAAAAGUAGGGAAGAUAAUUCCAAAAGAUAUGACGCCGAAUUAUAAAAAUUAUCCGACGACAGCGAGCGUUUAUACGAGAGCGGCAUGGGAGAUCAUAUUUGAAACUAAAGAUCUCAACAUUCUUUCUCUUGUUGAGGAUUAUACCUUGGGAACUCAAGAUCCUAAAUCUGUGAGGUUGAUGGGGGACCUUCCUUCUUGGGUGCCGGAUUUUAACUCGGCAUCUAAUCCGCAACCUCUGGCUGGAAAUCCAAGACCACAGCCGGGAGGUGAGAGAUGGAAUGCCGCUCGAAGUUUUCAAUUUGAAGUACCAGCUCUUCCGCCACUGGAAUUGCAAUAUCUUUUGCCUAUCACAGCUUAUAAGCUUGAUAUUAUAUCUGAAUGCGCAGCUACUCAAGCUGAAAUCAUGGGCAAUGAUUUCAGAUUCACCACUGUGCUAGAACUGCUAGCAAACUAUCCAAACAAAGAGUAUCCCCACAUCGAUGAUAACACGGAAACAUAUUUCGAAGCAUUCUGGCGAACGAUCAUUAAGGAUACUUUCAGAAAGCUGCCCGCUAAAGAAGAUGCACGACACGCUUUCCAGUGUUUUCUUGCGGUACGCGUCUCUGAAUUAAGUAUCGCAUACAACGAUGCACUUUUAAAUCACACCCUUGACUUGGCCAGCCUCCAGAUCACAUACGACGACACCAAAAGACUAAUCAAUGCUUUAUCCCAAAAAAACAUUAACAGGUCUUUGAUACCCACGUGGAAAGAUCUAGAGAAAUUAAUCAAAGUAGCGGCCAACGAAAACCUAGCCGAUUCUGAAAAGACAAAAUUCGACAAAGAUUACAGGGAUUUUUAUGAGGCCUUCAGAGUAGUGUACGCAGGAAGGAGGAUUUUUAGGACACGGAGAGGAUAUUUGGGAAUUGGGGCUCAAACGUUGGAUAUUGGAAAGGUUGAUGAAAUUUGGAUUGUGGCGGGCUCGAAGGUUCCAAUGGUUUUGAGACAGGUGGAGGGAAGUAAGAGUGGCAAUAGACGGUUGAUCGGGGAGGCGUAUGUGCAUGGGUUGAUGAAUGGAGAGCUUUCCGGAGUAGCAAGAGAGAAAAUGGAGAGUUUAUUUUUGGAAUGA